AUGUCAUCUGGCAGUUUGAUCAUGGAUAAGCCAUCAUCUACAGUGUCCUUUUUACCUAUUAAAACUGAAUUGGAUCUCAAUUCACAUGAUCAGACAAAUCACUUACAGAAUUUAUCACCGAUGGAAUUAGUAAAAUUGGGACAACAUUUUCAGUUGGAUAUAAAUCAUCAACAAACUCAGCAACAUUAUUCCACCGUUCCAACAUCCACAUCAAAUGGUUGGGAUCCUACCGAACAUUUUGGCUCAUUGAAGGUUGCUAAAAACAGUUCAACACCGUACACAGAUGCAACAAACUGUAAAAAAUCAAGCAAUCAUAUUAAGCGUCCAAUGAAUGCUUUCAUGGUUUGGUCACAAAUGGAACGUCGGAAAAUUUGCGAAACCUCACCGGAUAUGCAUAAUGCGGAAAUUAGCAAAAGGCUUGGCUUACAAUGGCGUCAAUUAUCGGAUAGUGAGAAAGCGCCAUAUAUUGCGGAAGCAGAACGAUUACGUGUGAUGCAUAUGAAGGAAUAUCCGGAUUACAAGUAUAAACCGCGGAAGAAGCCAAAAAAAGGUGCAGAUGGACAGGUUGCGGUAUCUGCAAGUAAUUCUUGUCCGAUAUCCGGUCAGACAGUACGACAAAAUGGCAUUACUUCAUCGAUUACUGGUGCUGGUCGACCAAAAACACACAAACGCAUACUUGGUUUGUCAAUGAAUGGUCAGAAUGAAACUCAUCAUCAUUUGCCAUUUUCUGGUAAAUCGAUGAAGAUUGAUCACGAUGGUAUUCGUUAUUUAAAUUCCACCACGAACGAUUUGAAGACAUCACCACUUGCAAAUAUCGCUAUAAAACAGGAAGGAUUAUUUCAACAGCCAUUUCCAUCACCGAAUAAUUUUAUCAGUACACCAAUGACACCGGAAAGCGGCUUUUACGAUGAUUUUUAUACGUCAGCUCAACAUUCCGCCGCUUCAAUGUAUUCAGCUAAUGUACCAUCACAACAUCUGUUAAUUCCGUGUACAAAAAUGAAUCAUAUGGGUGAUGUAAAUACUUCCUAUAGCACAAGCAACGGUAGCACAUCAUCGAUGAUGCAUCAUCAGCCCAUCUCCGCGUACUAUCAGCAGCCAUCAACCGGACAAUCACCAAUUGCCAUUCCGAACAACAAUGCAGUAAUCGCUGACCAAGAUGAAUUACGUUCGAUGUCAAGCGGGUCAAGCAGUGGAUACGGAAGUACAGGAACAGCCGUUGAUACAGAAGCAGCUACAAGUUCAAUUCCCAUUAUCACUCAUGUAAUUAAUGUACGUUCCCCAGCUUGCUCCAUGUCAUACUAUCCAUCAGGUGGUCCCAGCACCAGCUCUGAUCCAUUUGUAUCAAGCGGUUCAACCCGGCAACCAUCUGCGCCACCACCACCACCGCCACAACCACAACCACCACCACCACCUCCACAAACGCAACUACAAUCAGAUGAUCCGAAUCAAUCUCAACCCGAUGCAGAGCUUUUACCAUCGAUCAGUGACUUCCAGUUUCCAGCCGCGAUGAACAGUAUGUGGGGAGCACCGAUCAGUGCAGAUUUGUGGACUGCGACAUCAGCGCACACAAAUCAUCAACUUGCACGAACACCAGCAAAUUACGAUACUUAUUGCAAUCGUAUAUAA